AUGGAAUAUGGUAACUGUCCCUAUGCGGCAGCCAACAGCAAGCCGGGCGAGAAGAAACUACGCACACGCAUUCGCGUCGGCUUCUCGGCUCAGGCCUCGGUCGAGGCCGUCCAAGACUAUCUUCAUACCGGCUUACGUCAAUUGGGGAGAGGCGCUGGGUGCUACCCUUCUCCCUUGCAGUUUGGAGAAAUUGUGAAGAUCGGAUCAUGCUCGUUUAUUCCUGCAGAAGUCAACUUCUCAGCUUAUGCAAAGGAACUGAUGAGACUAUUUGAUUUUGAAGUUCCAAUUGGUAUCAAGAUGGACUGGGUUUCUAUUCCGUACACGGGCCGAGCAAAGUACGACGAACGGUCCCCCGGAGUGACUAGUCCACAUUGUUUCACUCGGAGGAUUCAUGCCAAGAGAGUUGAUCGCACUUUGAGGUCAAUUCUCCACCCAGCAACUGCAAAACCUGACUUUCCAUUCGCAGCACCGGCCACCUACAUCAGUGAUUGGAAAUUGGCACAACAAGGUUUGCUGAGUGUUAAGGCCUACGGUCCGGUGAAGGAUGCGAUCCUUACCUUGAUCAGCAAGUUACAGGAUUACUACAUUUUGACGGAGGUUCUUUAUCCAGGCAUUGACUUCACGGGGAUGUUCAAGUUUGCGACUACAAGGUUGUACGGUUCUUGCACCCUGUUCAAACUGCUCUUGUCUAUCAAGGCCACUCCGGCCCAGGCUGAUCAGGCUUCCACAGCUGCCAAAGACAGACCCCCGACACCUGCCGACGACGACUCAUCUGAAGAGGAGGACGAUGAAUCCCAGGAGGGAGCGGGUUCCCUUUCCGGACCAUUCACGAAGGUGACAAAGAAGAAGGUGAAGAAGAAGAAGUCGCUCAGUUCCAAUAACCUAGAGAAUCAUUUUCUCAACGAUCUAUCCCCGGCACAACGCAAGCUGGCUGAAGCUACCGACCGCAAACUGAAGAACGAUAUUGAUCGCCAUAAGGCAGGACCACUCUUCCUGAUGAUCCUUCCUGGAGAAAUGGAAGGCUCUUACAUCUUCGUUUGCCGCAAGAAGUACGCCCACCACUUGGCCAUCGAUUCGCAACCACCUACUCAAAACAAUGAGGUAUCUCCAGAUCGGUCCGAUUUCACUACACCACCAAAAAAGAGGAAAAGCAAGGAUAGUUCCAUGACUAAGAGGAGUGUUGACAGGUCUAAGGCUGGUCUUAAGCCGCCCACUAAGUCAACCCGUACCAGCACGUCUGUUCACUUUCAGCAGCCAAAGCAGCGCUCUCGGAACACGUCUCAGGUCCAGGUGGACACAACUCAGAUGGAAGGUGAUACUACGACAGCUGUGUCCCAGGACAAAAGCCUCUCAUCUCUGACAGCGGCAUCUCCGGGAGGUGUACACCCAUUCUUUCUCCCUUCUCCAUCUGGCAAAUCUGGUACUAAAUCUGCUAAGUUGCCUUCUUCGGCCGGCCGCGGAGCGCCUCGCUCCGCGGCAGGGCCAUGA